AAUCAGAUCUGACACGCUUCUUCUUUGCUACAUGUCUCCUCUAUCCAGGGAGAACACGGAUCCGGAAAACAUGGAGAACAAGCACUAUGUUCUGGUGCAUGGUGCUUGCCAUGGAGCAUGGAGCUGGUACAAGCUCAAACCUCGUCUCGAAUCCGUCGGCCACCGUGUCUCCGUGCUGGACCUGGCGGCUUCCGGCAUCUACCCCUGCAAAAUCGAAGAUCUCGCAACCAUGUCUGAAUACUCUGCGCCCUUAUUGAAGCUGUUGGCCUCCCUCCAUCCCCAUGAAAAGGUGGUUCUUGUGGGUCACAGCUUAGCAGGCUUGAACUUGGCUGUCGCCAUUGACCGAUUCCCUGACAAGGUCUCGCUCGCCGUUUUCUUGGCUGCUUUUAUGCCCGAUACCAUUCACAAGCCAUCCUAUGUCCUGGAACAGUACAUUGAGAAGAUGCCAGCCCAGGGAUGGAUGGACACACAGUUCCGUGAAUGUGGAAGCAUAACGACCAUGUUUUUUGGACCCCAGUUCUUGUCCUCCAAGCUCUAUCAACUCUCUCCUAUGGAGGAUCUUGAAUUGGCGAAGGUGCUGAUUAGGCCAGGAUCCCUGUUCGUUGAAGACUUGUCUAGAGCGAAGAAUUUCUCUAAAGAGGGAUACGGCUCGGUUCCGCGUGCUUACAUUGUUUGCAAUGAGGACGAGGCAAUUCCGACGAAAUUUCAGCGAUGGAUGAUCCAGAACUUUGGGGUUGAUGAGACUGUGGAAAUCAAAGACGCGGAUCAUAUGGCCAUGCUUUCCAAGCCUCAAGAACUGUGCAGUGCUCUCCUGGCGAUAGCUUCUAAGUUCUAGGCAUGAUUGGAUUUAUUCAUGUCGUUGCGAUGCAUUUAUGUGGUCCCUCUUUUAAAAGGUUCUCAGUGGAGACAACAAGAGGUAAAUGAAGUGGGGGCUUCUGCGAACUUCUUAGUUUUAGCUACCCCAUAGGAGAGUGUCUCUGACUCUGACUCUGCUUAAUUUUCUUUUCUCUGACUUCUAAGGAGGAAAGAUUUGAAUUUACAAACUAUACCCAACA